AUGCAAAAUAAAUCCACCCCAAGGCUUCAACAGCACUCAAACAUUGGAGUACUUAAACACUGUCCAACAAGAGUCGUUUUACCAGCAGAACAUUUUAAAAUUCGAACUUGCAUACCCAUGGUAUCUUCAUGUUCCACAGAGAACCAAACUGAACACAAAGAUGGUUGUUUAAAGGGUACAAGUGGGAUUAUCUUUUUACCUUGGGAUGAUAAGCCUUACAAGAACUAUCACUGUGUGCUUUGCAAUGGAUUAUCAAUGAAAAACGCAAGAUGCGAUCCGUUUUUCAAAUCUCAAUUUGACAACUUUAAAUCAUUUGAAAUAGUCAUGCAAUUCAAAACGCCAACCAGUAACCAAAAGAAAACGAAGGUCACGAAAUCUCCCCCGACCUGUCCGCCAAACAAGGUUUACGACCAACAUCUGAAAGCCUGCGUGUCAGGCAACGUUUUAAAUUCUUUAAAAGCAAACAAGUAUCGCCUGAAAUUCUGGAUGCGUCCUUUGGAUGGUCGAAUGAAACCUGUGACAACGCACCAAUUUAGUAUCGCUAUUUCCAAAAUGUUUGCGCUAGAUCCUUCAAAAAUCGAAGAAAUAGUAAUAUCUUCCGAAGGUAAUUUCACAGCAGUCAGUUUCAGUUUGUAUGCUGGGACUCCUUUCAGGAUAAAUGAUGAGACAAAUAUGCCUUACAAAGACAACUUCAAUGUGUCUAUUUUCCUCAAUUUCAACAAAUCCUUUGAGAUCAACAUUAAUGACAAAACAUGGGAGGUCAUUCGCGUCACUGAAAGACAACUAGCCUGCGUAGAAACAGUGGAAUUUUCUCCAGGAGAGAUUAAGCUAUUAGAGACCUUUAGCAUCAGGUAAACCGCAAACCUCAAACCGCAAACCGCAGUUACGCGUUUGCAGUUUCGCGUUGCCGAGAUUUCAAACUUUAGCAAGGCGUUCAGUUCGAUUUGUUCAGUUCAGUUCAGUUCACUUUUAUUUAGCCAAAAUACAAUACAAUACAAGAAUACAUAUAGGAAUUGUAAGGUUGCAAGGGAGCCCAGAAGAAACCAGAAGGCUUUAUGAAGCCUGAGCUCCCCAGUCUAAAAGAAAUAAGCAAAAUAAAAUGAUAUUCGCGGAGUGAUACGCGGGUACGUUAAAAAAAGGAACCAGACAGAGACUGAGUUAAGUUAUGAAUUUAGUAACAAGAUAGAAAAAAAAAAUUAACUCUGGAUUGGAACGGAAUACUUUCCAUUGUUAGUACGGCAGAAAGGUAUACAAAAUUGACUUGAACUACGCGUUCAUUGUUUAUGGCCGCCAUGUUGUUUUCAUCAAGUCGAAGUGCAUCACUUUAAUCGCCCAAAAAUCAGCAAUAAUUCAUUGAUUCGAGAUCAAAAAUCCAACAAACACAUCGCAAACGGAUACAAAAAGCUAGUUCAUACCUUUAAACGCGAGGCUGUACGAUUUUUUGUGGCAAAAAACCUUGCCGUAAAUCACUUACUGCUGGAAGCCCUUCCUGAGGUUCAAACGUGAACUGCAAACUGCAAACGUGACCGCAAGGACGUGGUCACGUGACAUUUUGCGGUUUGCGGUUUGCCGUUUCCCACGAAAAACCUGAUGCUAAAGGUCCCUAUUACGUAAGAACGGUGAGGCUUUUCAAAACAAGACUGUGCAAAACCGGUCUGUAUACCACUUUUUUUUCGAUUACCCAGGAAACAAAUACAGUACUCUUUUGGUGUGCAAAUCAAAUUUUACCAUUCAAUGUCCAUUUGUACUACAACAAAUAAACCCUCAUGAGUACACCAUUUUGGCCAACAAAACCUUACUACACAACACCACUGGAAGAGUUUACCCGCUUGGAGAAUACGAUUUGAACGGAGAAAAAGUCUUGAUUUGCCCUAACAACACAAACUACAAAGUAAAUUACUCCAACUCUUCCAUCCAGGUUAUAGGACCUAACAUCACUGCCAAGACAGAAUCCCGUUUUCUGCGGUAUGUUACCUUCGUUGGCUUUUCAGUGUCAUUUCUUGCCCUCAUCCUCACUUUAGUGAUACACUUUAUUUUUGCUGAGCUGCGAAGGCCUUUGCCGGGGAAAAAUCUCAUGAGUUUCUGCUUGGCCCUUGCCCUUGCUCAGUUCAUGUGGCUGUUCGGCUCAGGGGACACGGAUAAACCAACCUUUUGUACUGCAGUCGCGGCAGUGAUCCACUACCUUUUCCUGGUUUCCUUUGCAUGUAUGGCCAUCAUAGCCUUCGACACUCACCGUACCUUCUCCAGUCAGAUUUCUAUAGUUCCGGGGCACUCAAUUAAUGGUCGCAACAAGAAUAUUAGGUUUCUGAAGUACACUUGCUUUGCAUGGGGAUUACCGAUGCUUUUUGUAGCUGUCUGCCUUUUCCUCGAUCAAUUCCAAGUGGUGUUUAUCGGGUAUGGAAAUGAAGACGUUUGUUGGCUUGACAGAAGCGAUGGCAAGAUUAUUGUUUUGGCUGUUCCCAUAGCCUCCGUUCUUCUUUACAACAUUUGCGCGUUUUCCCAUACCGUAUGGGCCAUCAACAGUGCCAGAAAGCAAACAACCCGAGUCAAAUCUGCCCGUCAAGAUCAAAAGGUCGUCCUUAAAAUAUACCUGCGCCUGGUCACACUCAUGGGCUUCACUUGGUUUUUCAGCUUCGGCGCCGAACUCAUUCACAAGGCGCUGAUAUAUCCGUUCGUAGUUCUCACAACUACUCAAGGAGUAUUCGUAUUCGUGGCCUUUGUGUGCAAGACCAGAGUGCUAAAGCUAAUAAGGAAUUCCUUUUCAAGAUCCAGAAGAGUUGUACUGGCCCCCACUCCACAGAUCGCCAUUGCGGAUCGCAGGAACGUAGAACUAGCACCAACACAGACAACAGCAGCUAAGGCAUUGGCAUUGGUCUCGAUUCCACAAAGUGUAAAUACCCAUUGCAGCAGCGUACAGCUACGGGCGAUACAGACAUUAUAA